GAACUUCAUUUGUGAAAACAUAUAUUCGGUUGGGAUUUAGAGAAAAUUUCUCCUCUGUGAAUUUUCUAGUUUGCUUUGUUCAAGCUGUACAUCAAGAUGUCAAUUGGGGAAGAACAAGUUGAGUGCCCUCUGUGCAUGGAACCAUUGGAGAUGGAUGACAUUAACUUUUUUCCUUGCACAUGUGGAUACCAGAUUUGCAGAUUUUGUUGGCAUAGAAUAAGAACUGAUGAAAAUGGUCUGUGCCCAGCUUGCAGAAAGCAAUACCAAGAAGACCCAGCAGAGUUCAAACCACUUACAGAGGAUGAGCUACAGAGGAUAAAGAAGGAAAGGCGCCAGAAAGAUUUGCAAAGAAAGCAGAAAGCUGCUGAAAACAGGAAACACCUGGCUAAUGUUCGGGUUGUACAAAAAAAUUUGGUGUUUGUGGUGGGACUGUCGCAAAGAUUGGCAGAGCCUGAUGUCCUAAAGAAGCAUGAGUACUUUGGGAAGUUUGGUAAAAUCCACAAAGUGGUCAUCAAUCAAAGUACUUCAUAUGCUGGAUCACAGGUACAUGGUCCAAGUGCUAGCGCGUAUGUGACUUACCACAAACCAGAAGAUGCUCUGAGGGCUAUUCUAGCUGUUAACAAUGUCCAUAUCGAUGGCAGGACAUUGAAGGCUUCACUUGGAACAACAAAGUACUGCAGUCAUUUCCUCAGAGGUGCUCAGUGCCCUAAGGGGGACUGUAUGUAUCUGCAUGAACUUGGUGAAGAAGCAGCAAGUUUCACCAAAGAACAAAUGCAGUUGGGGAAGCAUCAAGAAUAUGAACAAAAACUUCUUGAGGGCUUUAUGAAUAACCAGAAUUCAGCAAAUAACCAACUGCAUGUUGCAGUGAAGUCUGGCAGUUCCAAGAAGCGGAAUACAUCACCCCUAACCUUACCCCAGUCACACCAGCAGCACAAUUCCCAAUUAGAAAACGGUUCCCCUCCCAGCGACCCCACUCCCCCACCCACCAGCCAGAUGGCACCACACGUACAGACUCCUAGUAAUUCCGGUCAGGAUGCUUGGCCGUCGUUACAACCAGGAGGGAGCAAGGGGGAGUCGAGAGGAGACAAACCUGUAGCUAGUGGUAAUAAGGUAGCAAACUCAGCUGUGACAAACCAUAAUCCCCGCUCAGUCACACCCACUGGCAACAACAGAGCCCCAGGAAACCACAGGCACAAAUCUUCAUCCAGUGAUACACAACAGCACACCCCAAAUGACUCUGCAGUGACAACAGAGACGGAAGCACCUCGGCCUAUACCAGCAACUGUUCACAAUUCCCAACACUCCCCAAUACACAUACCCCCACAGAUUGGCCAUACGUAUAACUCUAUACCAGCCACAGCCAAUCGCCGGUCACUGGUAUUUGAUAAUAAUAAUACCGACAGUCUUUCCUUGUUCAGUGGUAAUGGGUUUCCAACAGUGAGGACCCCCAAACCUCCAGCCCAGCCACCAACGACAGUGCCAGAAACUCUUCCCAGCACAGAGAUACCAGAAACAAUUCCUGUUUCUACAACAACAGACUGGCAGGCUGCUUUCGGUUUUUCGUCAAAAACUAAAGAUAUUCAAGAUGAUGAUCUAGGCUUUGAUCCUUGGGAUGAGUCUUCUAAGGCUUUAGCGGAUCUAAUGGAAAAAGAGAAUGGACCAAAUCUUGUAGGGCACUCCAGCAGUAAUCCCCACAUGUCCCCACGGCAAAUGUCAGGCCAACACAAUCACAUGAACCAAAUGUCUGGAGGACUUAGCAUUCCCCCUGGCUUCUCUUUAAGCUACCUAAACCAUCACCAGAACCCCUUACAACAACAACAACAACAGAUGAUGAGGCCAGAUUUGACUGGCAGCAGAAUGAUGGGGCUGAUGAACUUCCCACGCUCAAGCAUGGCUCCAAUGCAAAGCACUUACCCCGACAGAAUGGCAGACAAGUCUUUACACAAAGAUCCCAUGCAGAAUCAUAUGCAGCAGGACGCCUUUAACAUGAAGGAUUGGCAGGAUGGUUUACGUGCUCUUCUUCCAAACAUCAACAUCAGCUUUGGAGGUGCUCCUCAACAAAGCUCAGUACCGACGGCUCAGACGCAAAAACAGCCCCAGACUCAAACACAGAAAAAUUGGUCUUGUGGCAACACACAACAGAAAAAUACGUCGUGGAUGGCCAAUGACCCAGCAAUAGUUACAUCAGGAAGUAUUCCAGAUAAAAGUCCUCCUUAUUGGCUGAAAUCCAUACAUCACCUGACUGAUUACGAGGCCCCUUCAAAUAACCACAGACUUCCAUUUGUUCAACAGUUUCCUUUCGGAGGACCGACUUGGCCACCACAGACAAGCAAUCCUCCUCCUGGCUUCCAGACUUUAAGACCCCCAACACAGCAGGCCGACUCCCACACAAUUGCUGCCGAAAGUCUUCAGUAGAGCUGACAGAUGCAGUCCAUAGCAGAUUAGACAAUUUUCAAUUAGCCAAGCGUUUACCCUUGUCUUGAAUUUUUUCAGUCAUUUUGUGGUGUUGUGUAUGAUGACAGAAGCCUUCAGGAACAUUUGUAUUUCAUCUUAUGGUUUACUCACAAAUUACCAACUAUAUAAAACAUACCCAAGUAAUCCAGAUAGGUAACAUCAGCCUGAAAAGUGGGGCAGUAAUAAAUGAUGAUUAAGACAGCAUGAGAUGAUGAGGCAUUGAAGAGUCAGCCAGCUGAGAAAAUAUACAACAAAAGUGCUGAUGAUGAUACGAUUAUUUUGAGAUAAGAGGGAAGGUUAUUUGUCUUGUUUUUGGGCACAGCUGUAAGCUUCUGUCAUCCAGCACACACACUUUGUUUUAUCAGAAUAGUCAUAUACUACUCUUUGCUUCUAUUGUGGCUAUUUCAAGUUUCUAUAUUUUGUGUGAAGUCCAAGUACAUUUCAUUGAUAUCAAACAGAAUGUAUGUGGCCCUGGACCAUGUGGCAUCAGUCCUCUUCUGUAGCUGUAACAUGUAUUAACUGACACUACACACAAGUAAUUUGUUCAAACAUCACUUUCAUGUUAGUCUUUUGUGUUCAAAGUUCUUGUUAAUUUAACUUGCAGAGCACAAAGGACAGCAGUUCAGGUUCAGCUAAUUUGUAUUUGACAAUGCACACUUGUCUGUCUUAUUUUUUUGUGUCUUGCACUGAUUGCAGGAUUAUGUUUCAUUUUAUUCAGCUAUAGCAGUUUGAUUGAAGUCUUCUAGUGUGUUCUCUUCCAAAUAGUGUAAUAACAGUAUUCAUGGAAUAUUUCUAAUCUGCUGUUAUUGUGCUUAAUUUCAUCUGUAUCUUGAUUGAGAGGAAUUGAAUAAUUACAUAGCUUGCAUGAUGCAUUGAUUGGAGAGCAGCCUAUGGAAUUUGCAAUAGGCAAGUUUCCCUGUUGAGUACAUAAUAUGUCUUCUGUUGGUAAAGUGUGCAGAGGUGAUUAGUGAUGCACUGGUGUGAUAUUACUUCCAAGUCAGUCACUUAUGGUGUGCUUGGCACCUACACAAUUCAUAUUCCAGACAAAUGAGUGAGCCACAUGGUCUUCAUAACAUGGGUCUGGGAUUAUUUCUGAGGUAAACUUCUACAAUAAACUCUUUAAAUACGAAUUAAAUGUUACUUUUAAUACAACUUUAUAACCUGGAGCUGGUUGGAGUAUAUUGGAUGGGAGAGUCUUGAUUGACCAAGACAUUGAAAUCUUAUGUUGGGGUUAAGAGUCUGUGACAACGGGGCUGUCUGACACCAGAGCAGAGUCUGAACUAUGUGCUAACCCUAUUAUUUAUGAAACUCUUUAUUGAAAAUUACAUCGUAACGAUGCUGUCUAUAACAUUACAGUGGUGGUCUUUAGCCAAUAAAAGCUACUG